AUGGAUAUGUUUACAAUUUCAUUAAAAAGUUUGUAUCCAUAUGCAGCGGAAAUUCAGAAUCAACAACGUAUAACAGGAAUUUAUAAUAAAAUUGUACAAAUUUUACGUAAUCAAUUACGUACGGAUGAAAGUGUAUUGGAAUGUGGACAAAUUUAUAAUAAUGACGGCUAUUUGAGUAUACGUUUCCGGAUCAGAUAUGGACCGGAUAAAUGUUCAGAUUUAAGAACGUUAGCUGCUACUGCUGUACGUUUAUUAGAUGAAGUACAAAUUAUUGAAGUGACAUGUGGAAAUGAUUCCAUAUCAUUUUUUUAG